CUCGCGGCCUCACAGAGAGCAGAGCGCAUGCGCACACUGGAUCAGAAUGUUGAGUAAAACGGACUAGCGUUAGAGCAGAGACGGAAAAACGAGCAAGAUAAUUCAAACAUAUUUUCUCCCAAGUGAACGAGCUGUCGACCUAGAAUAUAACUUAUAAAAACAUGACGGAGCCCCAAUCAGCACUGUUACUCAGAAGACAGCUAGCAGAACUGAAUAAAAAUCCUGUGGAAGGUUUCUCAGCUGGUUUGAUAGAUGAUAAUGACCUCUACAGAUGGGAAGUGCUAAUAAUUGGUCCUCCUGAUACACUCUAUGAGGGUGGUGUCUUUAAAGCCCAUCUUACAUUUCCCAAAGACUAUCCACUCAGGCCUCCUAAAAUGAAGUUCAUAACAGAAAUAUGGCAUCCAAAUGUUGACAAGAAUGGAGAUGUUUGUAUUUCGAUAUUACACGAACCAGGGGAGGAUAAAUAUGGCUAUGAGAAACCAGAAGAGCGCUGGCUCCCUAUCCACACUGUAGAGACCAUCAUGAUUAGCGUCAUCUCUAUGCUAGCUGACCCCAAUGGAGAUUCCCCUGCCAACGUUGAUGCAGCAAAAGAGUGGCGGGAAGACAGACAUGGUGAAUUCAAAAGAAAAGUUGCCCGCUGUGUAAGAAACAGCCAAGAGACGGCCUUCGAGUGAUAUUCAUCUAGCAGCUUGUAGCUUCACUAUUUUCAGGGUCUCCAGUUGAGAAACAACAUGGCACUGUUUUCUUGCACUCUACCACCCUAUUGCUGGACUGGUUUUCAUUGAAUGUUGGCAGUAACAGACUGGCAUUAAUAGGCUGCAAUAGAACAUAAGGCCAUCACAGAUGCUGACAGAACACGCCAAGCAAGUGCCAACAAAAAAAAAGAAGAAAAAAAACUUAAUUACUUUUUUUUUCUUUUUUUUUUUUCUUUUCUCAAGUCUAUGAACUGAUACAACUUUUCAGGAAGAGAUUGUAAAGAUGUGUACAUAGCACAGACAUAAAAACCGGAUAAUAUAUAAUAACUUGUUCCUAUCCAUCCAGCAAGACUUAGUACCAAAUAAAAUAGAAGUUCUGUAGUUAGAAUGUGAAAUCAUGUAAAGUUUUUUUUAGAGAACUAUAGUUCCUCUCCCGCCCUCCCCCUUCUGCUGCCUCACAUCUAGUGUGCAUCAGAUCUGCUACAGGUGCAAAGUGGCCUCACAUACCUGUUGUCAGUUUGAACAAAUGUCGUCUUUGGCAUUUCUCACUCAAACUAUCCAGUUUUAGGUUGGGGAAGGCAGGGGUAAGCUAUCAUUAGGAUCCAAAGCAUGCUCAUCAUGUUGGAAGGUUUUCUUAAUUGGGACAUUUCAGGUAAAAUAGCUGUAAAGCACGGUCAUUUUCUUAUUAAUUAGGGGUCAUGAUGUUAUUUCACUGACUUUCACUGACUGAUUUUUAAAUGGGGUGGGUGGGGGGUGCUUUUAUUUCAGUUGAAACCAUGACUGCUUUCUGAGUGUCAGGUUUUCAUCUUUUCUCUUGUUUUGUCCAUUUGCGGCGUGGAGACAACAACAAGGAAACCCAUCAGAUGUGAUUUUUCUUUUUUUCUGCAUGUUUUAAACUCUCUUUUGUUUUCAAAAGUGCCUCCAAAUUAAAUUGUUUGGCUUAUGUGCCCCGCACCAAACAGGAGCUAAAGGGAGGAGCAUGUUUAAGAACUGCUCAACCUCCUCUCAAGCUUGUGUGAAUGUGAGGUAUUUUUCAUAACCCUCUUAUACCAGCAUUCUGAAUUAUUUUGGUGUAGCAAUAACUCUGCUUUGCCCACAUUAUAUGCGGACAUAUUAAAAUUGGAUAUUGCUAUAUGAUUUCUAGUAAAGAUUUUCCCUUGUAUCA